UGUCUUCAUGUUUUGUUCACAGGGUCCAGGUAGAAAGAGCAGGAUCACCUGUACCCAGCUGUCUGUCUAUGAAGAGUGAAAAAUCAAUGGAUCGUCCAAUCAAGUUCAGAGGAGAUUUCACAGGUGAUCAAAGGAUCCAGCAGUCACUAAAGUCCAGCUCUUUUGAAGAGAAGAGUUCAGAUAAAUUAUCUUCCGCAAAAAAGCCACCCCUCCAGGAGUGGGAUUCCCCCAGAAGACUGCAGUCUCUCCUGCGCACUCUGAUGAAGUUAAUGAAGGAUAACAAGUUGAAACGGUUUAAGAGCCACCUGAGACAGGAUUUCCCAGAAUGCUUUACGAGUUUGCCUGAAGAUUCGACUGUGCUGGAUAAGUUUAUGACACGUAUGAAGAAAUUGUUCAAGAGAGAGCAGGAGGAUCCUGAGGCCCUGUACAUAGUUGAGAAGAUGCUGGAGACCUGUGGCAGUGAGAGGUCUCUGAAGAUCACACUCCACAUCCUGAGGAGAAUGAAGCAGACGGAUCUUGCCGACUCACUGGAGAGAGAUGAACAGCACAAUGAAUCCAUAAAAAGAGCCCAGCAGGAACUGAAAACUCAUCUGAAGAAGCAGUUUGAAUGCAUAUUUGAAGGUUUAGCAAAGCAGGGCAACCAAACCCUUUUGAAUGAUAUCUAUACAGAGCUCUACAUCACAGAGGGGGGAAGUGGGGGGGUUAAUAAUGAACACGAGGUCAGACAGAUUGAGACAGCAUCCAAGAGACAAACCACACAGGAGACUGCAAUCCUCUGCAAUGACAUCUUUAAGCCUUUACCUGGACAAGAGAAACCCAGAACUGUGCUUACAAAGGGCAUCGCUGGCAUUGGGAAAACCGUCUCUGUACAGAAGUUCAUUCUGGACUGGGCAGAAGGAAAAGCCAAUCAGGACAUUGAUUUCAUCUUCACUCUUCCUUUCCGAGAUCUGAAUUUGAAGAAGGAAAAAGCAUUCAGUCUAAUGCAUCUUCUGCAGCACUACUUUCCACAAGUGAAAGAGAUCAAAAGUGUUGAAGGUGAUGAAGUCAAAGUGGUGUUGAUCUUUGAUGGUCUGGAUGAGUGUCGACUUCCUCUAGAUUUCCAAAGCAAAGAGAUCUGCCAUGAUGUAACAGAGUCAUCAUCAGUGGAUGUGCUGCUGACCAACCUCAUUAAGGGGAAUCUGCUUCCCUCUGCUCUCCUCUGGAUCACCUCCCGACCAGCAGCAGCCAAUCAGAUCCCUCCUGAGUGUGUCCACCAGGUGACAGAGGUACGAGGGUUCAAUGACCCACAGAAGGAGGAGUACUUCAGGAAGAGAAUCAGAGAUCAGAACCUGGCCAGCAGUAUUAUCUCACACAUAAAGUCAUCCAGGAGUCUCUACAUCAUGUGUCACAUACCAGUCUUUUGCUGGAUUUCUGCUACUGUUCUGGAGACAAUGUUGGGUGAAACAGAGAGUGGAGAUCUGCCCAAAACUCUGACUGAAAUGUACACGUACUUCCUGCUCAUUCAGACUAAUGUGAAGAAUCAGAAGUAUCAUGGCACUGAUGAGGCAGACUCAAAGAAUAUGUCAGCAUCAGAUACAGAAAUCAUCCUGAAACUGGGGAAGCUGGCUUUUCGACAGCUGGAAAAGGGCAAUCUGAUAUUCUAUGAAGAGGACCUGAGAGAGAGUAGCAUUGAUGUUAGUGAAGCUUCAGUGUACUCUGGGGUGUGCACAGAGAUCUUUAAAGAGGAGUGUGGGUUGUAUCAGGAGAAGGUCUACUGCUUUGUGCAUCUGAGCAUUCAGGAGUAUCUGGCUGCCUUGUUUGUGUUUCAUUCAUGUGUAAAUGAGAACAGAAAUGUACUCAGAGCAGAAGAAUCAAAACCUCACAGUGACAGAGUGCAGCUGUCUGAGUUACACAGGAGUGCAGUGGAUCAGGCCUUAGAGAGUAAGAAUGGACACCUGGACCUUUUCCUCCGAUUCCUUCUUGGCCUCUCUCUGGAGUCCAUUCAGUCGCUCUUAGGAGGAAUAUUGACGGAGACAGGAAGCAGAUCAGAGAGCAUUGAGAAAACAGUCCAGUACAUUAAGGACAGGAUCAGAGAAGAGUCUUCAGCAGAUAGGACCAUCAAUCUGUUCCACUGUCUCAAUGAACUGAAUGACAACUACCUAGUGCAGGAAAUCCAGAAUUCCCUGAGAUCAGGAAAACUUUCUGAAAAAGAGCUGGAACCAGACCAGUGUUCAGCUCUGGCCUUUGUGUUACUGAUGUCAGAGGAGAUCCUGGAUGAGUUUGACUUGAAGACCUACAAAAUAUUAGCAGCAGGUCAUCAGAGACUGGUACCUGUAGUCAGGAACUGCAGGAAGGCCAUACUGAACAACUGUGAACUCACACAGAAGUGCUGUAAUAUUGUGGCCUCAGCUCUCCAGUCAUCAAACUCACCCCUGAGAGAUCUGGGCCUCAGUUACAAUAACCUGGGAGAUUCAGGAGUGGAACUGCUCUGUGCUGGACUGAGGAGUCCAAACUGUAGACUACAGAGACUGGGACUGAACACCUGUAAACUCACACAGAAGUGCUGUAAUGUUGUGGCCUCAGCUCUCCAGUCAUCAAACUCACCCCUGAGAGAUCUGGACCUCAGCUACAAUAACCUGGGAGAUUCAGGUGUGGAGCUGCUCUGUGCUGGACUGAGGAGUCCAAACUGUAAACUACAGAGACUGGGGCUGAGCAACUGUGACCUCACAGUGAAGUCCUGUGAUAUUCUGGCCUCAGCUCCCCAAUCAUCAAACUCACCCCUGACAGAUCUGGACCUCAGCUGCAAUGACCUGGGAGAUUCAGGAGUGGAGCUGCUCUCUGCUGGAAUGAGGAGUCCAAACUGUAAACUACAGAGACUGGGGUUAGUAGUGCUGUGUACUGUGUGACAUUAACUAAAUAGAAUUACUGAUUAUAGCAAUGUAAGGGUUUGAAUGUUGUCACAGGGAAGACUAAUUUCCUGACUCCAUUCAUUUUCAGAGCCUGUAACCUAAAUGGUUGUGUGAAUGUGAGUUUGCAUAUAAGAUUAUUGACUGGGGUGUGCUAUGAAAUGAUGGGCAGCUUGAACCUGUGUCCUGGAGAGAGAGACUAGCUACUGCUGCCAGGCAUUCAUCUAAGUGUUCUCUGACAUUAAAAUCUUCAAUCCUAGGAGGUAAAUGUCCUGCUUAUCCAGGAAUCUAAAACCAACAACUAUCCCUGGGAUUAACCUAAUUAAGAUUUACCCCAUUUGGGUAGCGAGACUAUAUAAACAUCACAAGGCAUGACUUCUGUAUUAUUCUAUUAAAUAACAUUUGACUAACCAUAGCAGCUAUCCAAGAAGAGCUGCAUAUCCUGCUAGUGAAUCUAACAAUAUGCCCAGUGAGUACCUCAGUAAGGGU